AUGAGGUCACUCAGCCUCUACUGGGUCCUUUUGGGCCUGGCAAUGAGAUCUGCUGCCGCCCCGGCCAUGGUGUGCAACAGUAUAGUCCAGGACGAAUGCUCCAGAUCUGGUGUUCAAGGGGAAAUAGCUCGCCGGCAAGCACCGCCGCCGGGACCCCGGCCUCCUGGGCCUGGACCUGGACCUGGACCUGGGCCUACACCACCACCGGGAGGGCCUCCCGGGCCACCUGCGCCACCCGUAGGAACGCCGGGUCCGCCUCCACCACCAGGAGCCCCAGGAGCUCCACCACCACCACCGGUAGGCACGCCGGGUCCGCCUCCACCACCAGGAACUCCAGGAGCUCCACCACCACCACCACCGGUAGGCACCCCAGAGCCGCCCCCGCCAGGAACCCCAGGAGCUCCACCACCACCACCGGUAGGCACGCCCGGGCCGCCUUUACCAGGAACCCCUGGGCCGCCUCCGCCCCCAGUAGGAACACCAGGUCCGCCUCCACCACCAGGAAUCCCGGGAGCUCCGCCACCACCACCGGUAGGCACGCCCGGGCCGCCUCCUCCACCUCCAGCUCAAGCAAGAUCAGUUUCGUCCUUGGAUCAAGCGGCUCCGCCCUCGCAACAAGCCGAAAAGCCUCCAGAACCGCCGAUGGAUCCACCAACAACACCGCCACCAGUAGCUCCACCACUGGGACCGCCAGGAAAACCACCGGCAGCAUCACAGCCCUAG